AUUCAAGAAUGAAAAACGCAGGGACUUGCAAUGCAUCCCGUAGACCCAACUAGAGAUCUCUAGACGCUUGGGACCCCGUUUGUGUUAUUUAUGGCCACUCCCCCAAACAACGUCCUUCCCGGAGCUUAAAAUCCCACGUAACAGUUGGAUAAUUGUCUUCUCUCUGCCCCAUCCUUCACCGAGUUAUCGAACCGCCCCGAUCCCUGUCCUCUAGACCCUUGGCCAUCACCAAUUCUCCUUCUUGUCUUCACUCCGCCUUUUGGGUGACCCGCCGCAUGGACGAGUUCAUCUGCUUCACUGCAAUCUGACGUACCUGGCUUGCCGCAGACGGAAUCGGAGGCGCCUCGACGCAUUACAUUCUCACUGCUCGCGAUGGUAUCCAGCGCGGAGACUACAGAUUAUGAAGCUGACGCCUUCGAGGACGCUCAUGACGCACAGGAUGCUGCCGACAUCUCGACUCCUAUCAGCACUACCCGGUCUCUAACAGAUCGACGGCCUUCAAACGGAUCAUUGCCUACUCCAAAAGCCAGCACAUUCUCUGCCGCAGAUUCUCCAGAUCCAGACGAAGAAUCGCUCCAGGAUUCGCCAGCCUCGCCCCCGGAAGAUGGCACGUCAAAGAAACCAAAACAGCCCAAAUCUCCUCUCCUCACCACACACCGGUUGUCUACCUCUUCGUUAGACGAUAUCGUCCUUACGAGCUCCAAGGACGACGAGGCUACGAGUCCACCCACUUCUCACUCCAGCCCCGUUGCCGAUGCUCCUCCUCCCCUACCCACAAGAGAUUCUAAGCACGGCUCACGGCUUCAAGGUCUCUCCGCUACACUCCCUUCAGUCCCCUGGGGUCCUCCGCCUGUAAAUAGAAAUGCUCCUCCACCGUCGCAACCGCCACCCUCCGCUCCUAGUAGAAAACUCACCAGCCCGUUUGCCUGGCUCUCCAGAGGGCAAAAUGCCCAGAAAGAAAACAAAACAGCAACAAGUAACCGGAGAAAUACCGGUGCAUCGGUCUCCACGACUUUGAGCAACCCUGACAUGCUGGCGCGCUUCGAUGGUAGCGAUGGAGAUGCAGGGAGUACAGAUUCACGGAAGCAGUUGCGGAACAGCCUGAAGGACCAAUUUAAGCUUCUCAGAAUGCGUGAAGAGGGCAGCGGAGAUGAUCAGGUCGCACUCGCAGAUGGCCAAGAAGAAAAGGGUUCUGGUAUGCUAAGUACACCUCCAAGUGUGCCCGACCUGGAUACUACCUCGCCCCAACCUUCUCCUUUGCCGUCUCCUCUACCGUCAACGAUAAAUCCAAACCUUGCUCCUGGAACGGUUGCCGGGAUCUCAGCCUCUGCUACGGAUGCCGCAGCACCUGUAAACUGGGAACUAUGGCAGCAGGUCGUAAACCAGGGCCUGGAAGCGUUCAGUGGAACCAGUGCGGAAGAGUUGAAUUUGGCUAUUAGACGAGGGAUUCCCCAGACUAUUCGAGGUGUUAUUUGGCAGGUUCUUGCCGAUAGUAGGAACCCCAAUCUUGAGGAUGUGUAUAGAGAACUUUGCACACGGGGUACCGAUAAAGAACGCGAAAAACAUUGGGGCACGCCAUCUCCCACUUCUCUGAACGGCCAAACAAAUGGAGGGCCAAAGGAGAAAGGCUCGUCGCCAUCAUCACGCUCCUCACUUCAUUCGGAUAAUUCUACACAGCUUCCAGCGCCAUCGAUAUCCGAGAAAGAAACAGAGGCCAUGAUCAAAGCACAAGCUGAGUUGGAGGAGACACGAAAGCAAAAGGCAAAGGAAGAUGCUGCUGCUCUUGUUAAGCUGGAGAAGGCUAUCAGGCGGGACCUGGGCUCUCGGACCAGCUAUUCGAAGUAUUUCAUGUCACAACGAAACCAAGAAGCGCUAUUUAAUGUUUGUAAAGCUUACGCUUUGUACGACGGUGGGGUUGGCUACGCCCAGGGAAUGAAUUUCAUAGUGAUGCCUUUAUUGUUUAAUAUGGACGAUGGGGAGGCUUUUACACUUUUAGUGAAGCUUAUGAACAAAUACGGGCUACGAAAUAUGUUCAUUCACGAUAUGCCCGGUCUUCACCGCCAUCUUUACCAGUUCGAACGCCUGCUGGAAGACUUGGAGCCCGCAUUGACUUGCCACCUCCGUCGUCGUGGCGUUAGCCCCCAGCUUUAUGCGACACAGUGGUUCCUUACACUAUUCGCGUAUCGCUUCCCAUUGCAGCUUGUACUCCGUAUUUAUGACUUGAUAUUCGAGCAAGGUCUUGAGAGUGCAAUCCUUCGUUUCGCUGUUGCGAUCAUGCGCCGUAAUGUCGAUGCGUUACUCGGGAUGAGCGAUAUGACUUCGCUAACAAGCUUCCUAAAGGAAAAGCUAUUUGACGUAUACAUCGACAAACAGCCGUCUCCCAGCUCCAUUCUUGAGUCUGGUUUCUUUGGAAGUUCUGGGGCAAGCGACAAGGAAAUCUAUCGAGCGGAUAUCAUGGUUGAGGAUGCAUGCGCGAUUAAUCUUACACCUGAGAUGAUCCAGACAUAUAAUUCCGAAUGGGAAGAGAAGACUCGCACAGAAAAGGAAUUAGCUGCUGAGAUAGAAGGGUACAAACACACCAUAGCCACGCAGGCAGCGCGGAUCCGAUCACUUGAAGAGCAUGCAGAGAAGUCGGAUAAAGAACAUGUCCAGAUUGCAUCGGAGCUGGUACGCAUUAAGGUUGAAAAUGAAGAGCUAAAGGAUUCGAACGAGGGUCUCAAAGUCGAAGUUGCCGAGCUCAAAGUGGUAGUCGAUCGUCAGCCAGCUGAGCUAGAAGAGAAGUUAAGAACAGAAAUGGACCGCAUUAUGAAACGGAAUAUCGAAGUCCAGAACGAAAAUAGGGCAAUGGAGGAGCAGAUGGCGGAGAUGGAAAAGGAUCUGGUGGAGGCAAAGAUGAAAUGGGCAGAGAUCUCGGAAAACCAUGAAACGCUCAAGCAGAAGUGGAGUGAUUUGCGAAAGGCCUUGGAUGGUUAGACAAAUCCCCGACUCCUGCCGCUCGAUCACGUUUUGUGUACAUGUUAUGCUUCUUGGCUGCGCUGUGUUUCGGAGGGUUGAACACAGGUGAUGCCUGUUCUUGAGGAACAUGCUGUCCCAUUAGAAACUGCCGACUGGGCAAAGACUACCCCAAAGGACAUGUACAGAGUAUGCAUACCUACAUUGAGUCCAACAUAUGUUUCCAUACCAUUGUCUUUUUAAACCAGCUUUUUUUUAUCAUGUACACGGUUUAGCGUUGCAUGUUUCAACAAUACUUUCCCUGCUGCUACUACUAUACAUUACUGCUGGUACUAAACUCCCAUGUCGUUACAAUUCUUUUGUGUGCUUGUCUUACGAUAGCAAUGAACGGCAAUAGCUAUUUCACCCUUUCUCUCUGGCAGCCUCCGUCUUAGAUUGAGAUAGGAUGUGCCCUGGGUUGUUUAAGUAGUCUAAUUCCUGGCAUAUGUUAAACAGUGUAAAACUUCAGUUAACUGGAUUAUUUUGUUUAUCUUUCAUAAAAGUCUGUUCCAUUCCCGGUGUGCUUACGAUCAUGGUGAUGUUUUAAGUGGUGUUGAGCGGAGAUAUAGCUGAUCGUUC